UUUUAUAGUGUGUAUUAUAAGAUGUUACGGAGUAUAUACUCCGUAGAGGAGAUUCAACUGACCCAUUUUGUGCCAACACGGGGGCGUUGGAGGUCCUACACAAGCCCUAAUCCAUCCGUAUAUUGGCCUAAUAGGGCAUCCGGCCGACAAGAUCCAUGGAUAUAAUUACACAACCAACCACCUCCUCCGACAUUUUUUAGCGGGAGUGGGGGUAUCUAGGCAAAUUUCCCAUAUAUCUCAUCAUUGACCUCGGCAUUGAAAGCUCCCUAUACUCAGUCCAACCCUGAUCCGGUAGUUAGCCGGUUGCGAUGGAUCCGCUGAAUAUUUCCCAAGCAAGCAGGCUUAGGACCAUUGUACGGAUGACAGCUGCGAAGAAUCCAGAGUCUACUCAGCUUAUAAGAGUAGCAUAACUCGUUCAAAGCCAAUCCAGAAAGUACGUCUUCUAUGACUAGAUCUUUCUGAUUCCUGCAGCAAUCCUCUCUAUUGCAAUCUUUUUCCUAUACCAAGUUAUAACUUCAAUUUUGUUAUUUAUCCAGCAUCAUGGUGAUGAAGUCCCGCUGGUCCAUUGAAAUCCCAAACACAUCGUUGCUGACGGUGGUAUUCAAAUCCCCCACGUAUCCUCUAUCCAAGACGAAGAGGUGUUUUUCGGAUGCUGCCCGGCCAGAUACUCACUUUUUUACCGUCCAUGAGUACCGUCUGUGGUGCCAGCGCUUCGCUGCUGGGCUUCAAAAGGCGGGCCUGAAGACAGGAGAUCGUGUACUCCUAUUCUCCAGCAAUGAUUUAUUUUACCCGGUGGCCUUCAUGGGCAUCGUCAUGGCAGGUGGGAUCUUCACGGGAGCAAACCCAACUUAUACACCCAGAGAAUUGGCGUAUCAGUUGAAGGAUUCCGGGGCGACAUAUAUGCUAUGUGCAGAUGGGAGUUUAGACACGGGGAUUGCUGCAGCCGAAUUGAUUGGCAUGGGCAAAAACAGGAUAUUCGUGUUCGAUAGCGCGUUGUUUGAUGGGAAGGGAGAAGGGCGCAAGGGCUGUCGAUAUUGGGGAGACCUCAUCGUCUCACCGGCGGAGGGAAGCAGCUUCUCUUGGGACACGCUAUUAACACCCGAAGAAGUGGAUCGAACCCUUGCCCUCAAUUACAGCUCUGGGACUUCUGGGGCCCCGAAGGGAGUACAGGUAACGCAUAGGAAUUACGUCGCAAAUCUGCUCCAAUUUGACUAUUCAGCGUACUUGCGGAGCGAUUGGGAAGAGAGGGAUAGAUCUACCCGUUGGCUAUGUUUUCUUCCCAUGUACCAUGCCAUGGCGCAAAACAUAUUCAUCGCAUCGUCACUGUCGCGAGGAAUACCCGUUUACAUCAUGGCGAGGUUUGACUUCGUUCAGAUGUUGGAAGCGGUACAGAAGCUCCGGAUUACGAGUCUGACAGUCGUACCGCCGAUCGCUGUCGCCCUUGCGAAGCAUCCACUGGUCAAGAAAUAUGACCUGAGCAGCGUCUUGGCUGUCUCAAGCGGAGCGGCCCCGUUAUCCAGAGAAAUCUCAGAGGAAGUCGAAGCUUUGUUUCCAGCAGGGAAGCUGUAUGUCAGACAGGGAUGGGGCAUGACGGAGACUACGUUGUCAAUGCUGGGAUGGGACCCCAACGAUCUGGGAACUAGCGCAUCUGUUGGUGAAUUAAAUGCGAAUUGCGAAGCAAAGAUUAUGGCCGACGACGGAGUGACAGAGCUUGCGCGGAACCAGCGAGGCGAAAUCUGGGUCAGAGGCCCUAAUGUAAUGAAGGGCUACUGGAACAAACCCGAGGCCACCAAGGAGACAUUAACAGAAGACAGGUGGUUGAAAACAGGUGACAUCGGAUACGUGGAUGACACAGGAAAGUUCUAUAUCGUUGAUCGAAUGAAAGAACUUAUCAAGGUGAAAGGCAACCAGGUUGCGCCGGCAGAGCUAGAAGGGCUCCUUCUUGAACAUCCCGCGAUCGCGGAUGCCGCCGUGAUAGGAGUAACAAAAAACAACGAAGAGUACCCCCGUGCCUACGUCACCCUCAAACCAGGGCAAACCGCUACUACUGAGGAUAUCACCGGCUUUGUCAAACAGAGAGUGUCGCCCACAAAGAGGAUCACCGGAGGAGUUGUGUUCACCAACCAUAUACCGAAAAAUCCGUCCGGAAAGAUCCUAAGAAGAGUACUUCGGGAUCAAGCACAACAGGAAAUCCGCCAAGAGAGCGCAAAGUUAUAGUCAUUGUUCUUAGAAAACCUUACGAGGUUCAUUUCAGUGGAGUCUUUGUUAGUUUGAACAAUUCUAUUGGUAACGUUAAAGGCUAUAAUAGGUUGUUGGUUAAAGUGAAGUAAUUUAAUAUGUCUAGAGUGCCAUAAUGUAUAUGAAGUUGGCGAAACGCAAAUAUAUGAAAACGCUAUGGUAGCUGGAUAUAGCUCAAACAUGACCGCUGAAUAUCAGCAAAAUUAGCUUGAAAAACAAAUAAACUACAGAGUCAGGCUCAUAUCGUGAACAGCCAAGCAGGCCUUGCCGUUCGUUGAUAUCCAUCCAUUCAAAGGGAUAUCAUGUGAUAUAAAAAGAGGCUGGCUGGAGUGUUAUGAAACAACCUGGCAAGAAUUGCUCCAAAUCUACCUCUUGAUUCUCGCAGCGGAACAUUGCCCCAUUCCGUUGCACGAUGGAAUAUUAGAUGGCAUUUUGUUAUCCAGUGCCGUCCCCCAGACUUCCUACCCUGAGCCUCCAAAGGCCUAGGAUAAUCGUUCUCCACCCUGGCAACCGAAGGUUGAAGUCAGGUUCAACAGGAUAUCUGGGGUGCAAGAUCGAGAGAAUCACUAAUCGAAGGACUUGAGUAUUCAUCGAACACUGAAGAAGAAGAAACAAGCUGGCAUCCAAUCAUCGCAAUAUCAUAUACAACGCCUAUAUUCUUGCUUCCUCCGCCAGUGCAACAGCGUCAAAUAAACCCUUUCUUCCAACGCAAAUACUGUGGCCUGGUGUUUGUCUUCUCUGAUCUAACCUUGGUAGGAUGUACUCCGUACCACGGACCGCAACGAAAAGCAUGUUCCUGAACUGGUUAACUCAAUGGUUAGCCCGACGGACCCAAAUGUUGUGACUUUGCGGUCGAGUAAACCUUCUUCACAUUCGACCAGACCCCCGGGCAGGGAGGAUUCGAGGGAUAGGCACCAAGAUACCACUGUCUGCAACGCAUACACUUGAAUCUCGCUCUUUUGGUACAUCCAGCUACAGCCUUUAUGACCAUCGAUAAAUUUUUUGAAUGACCUGGCAUUUUCGAUGAGCAGGAAGGACUACAGUAUACGGUAUCUCAUUCGAGGGGGGGCUAGGUCUGUUGAAGCCCCGGCGGGCAUUUGCAAUGUCAUCAGCAGAGCGUGCUUCCGCGCCCGCGUGUGGGAUCUGAAUAUUUAUUUCCGUUGGAACGAGCAACACGCAUACCACUCGAGGAAUACAGAAUCUCCUCUCUGUUGCCAGCAAAAUUUCCCCAGCGGCGCUCAUUGCAGUCCGAAGUUUCCGGCGGCGAUCAUGUAGCUGCUAUUUCAAGCGUACGCUGCAUCCGUCUUCUUCACGGUUAUUGUGUUAGCGGCGCAAACUAUUGUGGCGACCCUGGAUUCUAGAUCCUUUGAGCCAGGUCGUCGAAAACGAGAUGAACGGCUUUGUCGAUGUUCAUAGGAUAUAUGUGUUCCGCAUCUUGAGACAUCGAAUGAGCUGCCAUUUGAGAGGAUUGAGUGAUAUUUCCUGACUAGGAUAGUGGAAUUUCAACUUGGUGAGGGCAAAGAUUGUGGAUGUUAGAGCUGAGCUCUAGUUGCCUUAGUUCCCACAAGUCCUAUCAUUCUUGUCAUUUUGGUUAAAUCUUGGGCAUCGCCCUGCGCAGUGAUGCAGUUUCUUUUAUGAUCGAGGCUGAUUGGAGGGAUGGCUCGUUCUCAUGAAGAAUACGGAGCAGGUGUCUCUGUUCUUGUUUGAAGUGCCACUCGCGUAUCCAUCGCCUAUUUGUGGUUUGCCCCUUUCUAUUCUUUAGUUCUCCAUUGCUUUAUUUAUUUUAUUUUAUUUUUGCUUUUUCUCCAUCCCCCAUCGUCCCUAUCGGCCCGGCCGCCCCUGUCGCCACAUAUCGAGGACCUUCGGUCUUCUAUUUUUAUUGAUUUGGAUAGUCUGUACAGAUAGGUCGACGGGGUGGAUUGAAUGAUCCCACUACCAAACUCUAUCACUCUCUCAAAAAACCCACUCUCUCGACGGCCCAGCAUCCACAUCCAAUCGAUUAAAUGAACCGUUACCCAGUGAUUUCCAAGCUCUGGAAAAGGCCAUCAGUUCAUGGAGGUGAACAGCAAAAUGGGAACUACAAAUGAUGGCGAUACCUCCGGAGAGUAGAACGUGCAUGAUGUUUCUUCUGCGUGUUCGUAUCAUCACAAGACCCUAAAGAGCUGAUUGACUGAAAAUAGGCGAAAAGAAUCUACUCAAUUUUGGGCCUUCUGUUUCCUCCACGUUUUAUUCGUUCCUCUCCUUUUACACAACUAUCCAUUUAGAAGAGUAAUUACGUCGUUCUAGGGGUCAGUGUGGUGAUGUGUCAAAUCCGUAUAUCGCCUCCUGCCGACAUCAUUCAUUUCUGUGUUAAACAUUCGAUUGCGCGAAAGUCCAGUAAUAUGGUGAUCCAUAAAGGGGGAAAGGGGAAAAUAUCCAGUUGGAUAUCUCGGAUUUUUGGUUGGGGGGGGCAGGUGUGAGUUCGUUGAGCUAGGUAAAGUAAGUAUGCAAAGCACCAGAGACAGAGAAACUUCAACCAUUUGGAUAGAAUUCUGGACAGUUCGUGUCAUUUAUCAUAGACACAAAUCCCGAAUAUCACUGACCAGCCUAUCUAAUCUACCAAUUCACUAAAAAUUCCAUCUUUCGUGGGACAUAAGGAAAACAUGUUGCCUGCCAUGAUGGCUGUGGCGUCGUUGACGUCAAGCCCUUUUUGCUCAUUCGUUCCUUGCAUCGGCGAGGUUGGGCUGACAGCCAGUGAAAAUAAAUUCUCGUUCUUGAAGAAACCCGAGUUGCAUGCUUCCUACGCCCAAUAAGUUUUUAAAAACUCCCACCUUAGUCUCCACUCACGCGGCCCCCAACUCGCGAUGAAAAACCUCUCCAUCAUAUUUUUAAAUAAUCGCCGCUCCGUCGCCUUAAGUGCAAGUAAUGUGUAAAAGCGUGGCGGUUGACAUGAGCAGGGGUUCUAGCAUCAGCGCUCGCCAUCGCCAGGUGAAGGCAAAGAAUGGGAAUUGAGAAGCAUUGCAUCAGCAACGGAAUAAGCAUGCUCACACAACAUCGAAAUACUAAAUCGUCUAUACCGGAUCGCAAAAAAGAAACGGCAAACUGGGUGUGCUAGUCUAGGAUGCAUGCCAUCUUUGUUUGUACCCUCUCUCCCACAAAUUUGCCAGUUCUGCUAACUUCAGCCAGGAGUGAGAUGGAGAGUUUACUCAAGGAGAGCACAAGUAUCGGACGAAUCGAGGCUAUCUGUAGAUAUGUCCGUCCGGAUGGCGCACCUCUCCCAAAAUGGCCAGGCUAGUGUGUGUGAAAGACUUUAGAUAUUGCAUGGCAAACAUGUAGCUACAGUCCGUCAAAAUAAACGUGGCCAAAUCAACAGGGAGCGAUUCGGGGGCGUGGCAAAGUGACGCGACACUUUUACAUCUAAGGUAGCGAACGGAUUGAGGUCUCAGUCAGGCGCUGGAAGACAAUCGAUUUAUUGUAUUGUUCGCCAUGGUUUCGUCUUCCGUGGCAUCUGGGUGUGUCACUUGUACACUCCUGGAAUGUAAGGGCAGUUGAAGGAGGGCGAAUUCUCUGCUAUUUCCAAUCCCCUACAGUCUGAUUUGGGAUCUGGAAACUAUCGACCUGGUAGGAGGACCUGCAAACGUCACUUUGAUCCUCUUUCAAAAGCUCAUUGGAUGGCAAUGCAAUGAUUACUUGGCUCCCAAAUAUGUCCUAACAUUAGUCAUAGGCGAAAGGUUUAUGCGCCAUCAUCUUCAUAUUCACGGAGAUAACUGAGGGCAGAGGCAUCGUCACCUGCGCUGGGGCUGCGUGCUAGUAGCGUCUGCCUUGAAGAUCGCAUAGCAAAGAAAAAGCCGGCAUUUUUCUCCACUUCUAAGCUGCUGAAUUCCACCACAAUAUAAAGACAGCAAUAGUACAAUAACUAACGAAUAUAUACAGCCAUAUAUGAAGUCAUGGUUGCUGUUGCUGUGUUAUUGACAAUAAUAAUCAAGCUCAAGUUCAACGAAGGCUCGCACUUCUAUUAGAAUAUGUUUGGAAGUAUAUUUCGAUCUUCAUCUUAAGACGCAAGUCAACCGGUUUGAGACGUGAAAUUUGACCGGAACUACAGCUGAC